CCUCCCUCCCUCACUCUCUCACUCGGUGUGUGCUUUAUAGAUGUAUAUAAUCCCUCAUUUGACCCAGAAAAGAAACUCCUCUCACUGGCCGAGGCGCAGCAGAGUUACAAUCCGCGGCAGAGCUGCAUGUAGUCGGAGCAUCAGCUGGAGGGAACAAGCAGCCCCAGCACCGAUCCAACUUCUCACCGUAUCCGGAUUCUGCAUCAAAGCAUCGGUGACAGAAGAGACAUGGCUGAACACAUGAUGAUGCCCAUGAGCCACAGCUUCAGGAUGGGUAUGAAUGGACCUCCACAGCACAACGGGCAGCCCGGCCUGCGCACCCUGCCCAACGGCCAGGUCAUGCACUAUGGCAGGAACCCUCAAAACAACAUGGAGGCUGCCAUGAGACAGAGGUCGGGCAUGGCGGGUCCCGGAGGGAUGGGUGUUCCCAUGAACGGCUCUCCCAUGGCCAACCACCACCACCACCAGAUGAUGUCGGGGAACAUGAUGUACAACGGGCAAGCUCCUCAGCACCAGCAGCAGCAGCAGCAGCACCACCACCACAUGCACCCUCAGCAGCAGCAGCAACAGCAGCAGCAGCAGCAGCAGCAACAGCAACAGCAACAGCAGCAGCAGCAGCAGCAGCAGCAGGGUGGCCACCCGCAGCAGUAUCACCCUGGUAACCUCACCUCUCAGCAGCUCAUGGCCAGCAUGCACCUGCAGAAACUCAACACUCAGUAUCACGGACACCCACUGAGCAUGGCCAACGGACAUCACCUGCCCAACGGUGCUCAGUACCGCAUGGGCCCGGCCCAGCUGUCAGGCAUGCAGCACCUCGGCGGCCCGUUGGGCCAGAACAGCAUGGACAUGGAUCUGAUCGAUGAGGAGGUUCUGACUUCUCUGGUGUUGGAGCUGGGCUUAGAUCGUAUUCAGGAGCUUCCCGAGCUCUUCCUGGGACAGAACGAGUUUGACUUCAUAUCGGACUUUGUGUGCAAACAGCAGCCGAGCACGGUGAGCUGCUGAGCGAAGUUUGCGCGGUUUGUUUGCGGUUUGCAGACCCAAAGAAUGACUGAGCGGGAGCAGUAGCACAGCGAGAGGUGACAAUCUCUCGGUUCUGUUUGGGUGAAUCCGUGUCUGUCUUCACACUGACCUGCCUGCGAGUUAAUGUAGAGUCGCAAUGAGAGAAAACACAGAGAAAAAGCACGAGGUUCCUCCUCUUUGAGCUGGUGCCAGUAAGAUCUGUUGUGUUUGGCCCGUGUUGUCGCAUCCUGAUGCAGCGGGCUCUUUCUGGACCCAUCUGGCCCUCAGCACUCGGGCCUGCUGUGCCAAGGCUUUGGGAUAAUUGAAAGCUUAACUAUCACCAGGGGGCGAAGACAACCUGGGAAGACUGUCCAUCUGGGUCUGCUAGGUUCUGUGGCAUCACUAAAUGCAUUUUAUUUCUCAUGACAUCUUCAACUAGUAGCAGAUGUUUUACAAAAAUUUAUAAGAGUUUGUCCUCUGAGUUUGUCCUCUGUACAAGGAUGACAGGAUUUCGAGUGUAGAAUGUUGUUUUUCUGUCUGUUGUUUUUUUUUUUUUGCAUAUUGGAGGCUGGCUCUUCAAAACUGACUUCUUACACAUUUCCUUGAAGAGCAGAAGAGUGAGUUUGUGCAGCAACAUGAUGGGGUUUAGUUUGUAAACCACUCAUUUCCCUACACCAAAUCCUAUAGAAAAAAAUUGCGAUUUUAGGGUCACUGCACACAGGAGUUGUUGAUCCACUGUUGCUUCCAAAAGUAUGUUCAAAUGUGUUAGUUUGUUACCCUUUUUUGGGGAUUUAUUUAAAUGACACAAACUUAGCAAAUGAGGCGACAGUAGAGCAGCAGUUCCUGUGUCCCUUUGUGCUAAAAAUGCUGAUUUUCUCCAUGGACUUUGGUGCAGGAGAGCAACCUCGGAUUAGUUGGGUUGAAAAGUGCCACUUGGAUUAUUUUCUGCUCUCUGUUUCUUUUACCUGACUUAGAUAUAAAUAUAUAUAUAUAUAUAUAAAACAAAUUAUAAUGCUGUCAUUAAAUGUAUCGCAUCUGUUCCCUGUUAUUUAACUGUGAUUGAAUCAUUGGCAAAGUAGCCUGUUGCUUAAAUGUGUUGGCAGUAGACAGCUCUGACAUUUAAGGUGCUCACUUGCGAGAAAGUCUUGGGUUAGUAAUUAGUAGAAGAGCUGGGAAUGUAGGCAGUUAUCAUCAGCAACAUUCCAGUGGUUUGUCGUAAGCAAUCGUGAAAAAAAAUCUAAACAAAAACAACACAGUAGCUGUGAGAGGCUGCUGGUCACAGGUCUGAGGAGGCUUUUAUUUUUAAGAUGGAGACAAAAAAGAAAAACAAAGUGGUGUGUGAUUGCAGAUUAUGCAUUUGUGUCGUUUUUGUGCGCCUCCUUGUGCGGCAUUAAAAGUCCACCGUAUGGCGUCUGCGGAAAAAUCGGAAAUCUUGUUUUAAUAAUGGAAAAAAACAAAACAUUCAAACCAAUCGAUUCUAAACUUAGUUGACAAAUAAUUUUGUAAUCGAUUAAUGGUUGCAGCCCUGGCGUCCUCCUCCCUACACUGGCCUGUACCACUGGCUGUUGUUUGGUGUGUGUGUGUGUGUGUGUGUGUGUGGACACAGCGCUCCCCGGCAGCACUUAGUUUAAUCAUUAUUUAAAGCUGUCGCUACCUGUGGCAUUGAUUACAUUAGCCAGGAGCACAGUGUGUGCAAAGUUGUUGUUGUUUUUUUUUUUGUCAUAGAUUAGCUUACUCUGCUGCUUUUCUACUGAUUAGAUUGAAAUUACGUGUUCUCACAUGCUUGUCUUAAUUAAGGUCAACUUGCACGUUCACCAACAAGUCAAUGAUUACAAAAGUGGACACAUUUUUUCCCCCCUGUUUCUUUGAGCACAAUCGGUACAGACUUUUUAAUUUUUUUUUUAUAUAAGUCAAGGUUGCUGCUUGUGUCACUGCAGACCGGCUGAGGGAGAACUUUGUGCACUCUGAGUGCUAUUUGUGGCGUAGUCCUGACGGGUCAGAGCUGCCUGUGCUGGUGCACGGGUGUUAAUCUGUCCCGCUGCAGUCCCGCGUCUCUCUGGACACGUGCCAUUCUCCAGCUCUCGAGUCAAACAUCUGUGACUGAAAAGCUGCGACGGAGGCAGAUAAGUGCCGGCGAGUUUGCGUUCCAUUUUGCUCUUUGCCGGGCGAACUGCAGCGGCCACACUGUGGGGGGG